AGGAUGAGUCCAGCUAACUAGUUUGUAAUCUUCUUAGUUUGUAUGUUGCAACAAUAAUAGUAAAGUUAGCAAUCCUUGUUAAAUACACCCUCACUGUGUGCUUUACUCUUCGAUCCUCUUUCAACCACACUAUCAGCGAUGCUGCAAUCACCGGAAAAAUCAUCAUCUAAAGAGGAGAAGAUUUCGGCUGACGAUGAGGAUUGCAAACCGGAUCUCGGUUGCCCAUCAACAGGAACUCAUUUUGUGCCAGGUAUCUUAUGCGCCCCUCGACCUAGGACACGAUCGCGACUGAAUGACAGCGGAUUCUUUGAUGAAGACAACAAAGUUACGGACGCAGAAAACACCAGUUUUACAGUAGCCAGCGAUCAAGGACGAGAUACCGUGGAAGACUGGGCAUCUGUAAGCAGCUACAGGAGUCAAAUUAUGCGAUACGCAAUGGCGCUAGAAAACAAGUACCAGCUUCCUGAAAACUUUCUAGAAAAGCAAGGAGAGGUUAGCCACCAGGCCCGCGCGGUCUUGAUCGAUUGGCUUAUUGAGGUUCAUCUGUUCUAUAACUUCCCUCAAGACUGCCUGUAUCUAAUCGUAGCGCUAGUGGACAGGUACAUGUCGCUACGCACUGUCCCCGUCGCACACUUCCAGCUCCUAGGCAUGGCGUGCCUUCUUGUCGCCUGCAAGUACGAGGAUAGCUCCCUUGAAUACCUUAUUUUUGCGAGGUUCGUUCCUACGCGGGAGGAGCUGGUUGCGAUGGCAGAUCAAGCCUUCGACCAAUCAGAACUGAGGCACAUGGAAACGAGGCUGCUCACGUGUCUGGAGUUUGAUCUAGCUCAACCCUUGCCAACUUUCUUCCUUCGCCCUAUCGCUAGGGCUUCAGCCAUAGAUCUCGAGACUUAUGUCGUGUCAAAGUUUAUCAUGGAGGCCGCCAUGCUGGACGCGAUCAUGGUCACUUUCAAGCCCUCCAUCAUAGCUGCGACCGCGUUCUUCAUGGCCAGAGGUUUUGUAUGGGAAGACGGGAGAUUGAUCCAGACCGUUCCGGGGUCUGGGUACAAGUAUGAAGAUUUAAGGCCUUGUUUACUGCGCAUGUCAGAAGUACUUCUCGAUCUCGAAAACAUGGAGUGCAAGGGAAUCUUGAGGAAGUACAACAGACUGGGACUUUGCCCUAGCAUUAUUCGCAGCUUCGUCACGCAUCCAAUCAUGAAGCAGCUGACGUCAACGACCAGCUGACGCAUGUGUCAUGACUAGGGACUGCUGACAAUGAUAGCACGUGUGCGGGCUCAAAAUAACGUUGUCCCUCAUCCAUGGGUUUAUACGUACCCUCGCAGGAGAGACAACCAAGGUUUUGUAGAUGGCUGCAUUAUAGUGAACAAUCAAGAAAAAAAAAAGCAAAACAUCAGUAAAAUUUUGACUGUACCCUGUAUUGCACGUAUUCAUCAUAUGCGUCAUAUUUUUUUAA